GGACGGAACGGAGAACGGUGGUUAUUUAUAUACUUUUGAAAUGGUUGUAUGAGAAGCGAGCGUUUCGCAGGCCAAACUCCGAAGGCUCAUAUUAACGGCAGACUAGUUCUGCCGCACUCGCCAGUCGGCACGCUUAUUAUUCGAACGUAAGACUCUUUAUCGAACGCCCGUAAUAACGCUCCAUUCAAAUACCAGCACAAAAUAAAAUAAAAUAAUUACGCCAUAUUUACCGCGGUUUUUGAUGUCAUCGGAUUUUAUUUUUUAAAUUGUUUCGUUUUUCGACGGUGUGUUGUGCCAGUGUCGUGUCGCGUUCUAAUUUGUGAUUUUAUUUUUUUUGCUUUUUAAAUUAUAGUUUUGUGAGUGAAAUUAAUAAUUGAUUACAAAAUAUGACGAUAUAAUUAAAAUAAUUAUUUUUAACCGUGGACGACGCCAUUUGUCUGCUGUUUUCCUUUCUUUUUUGCCUUUAGUGACGGUUUCAUAAAUUGUAUUGCAGUGACUCUGUGGCAAAAUCUUAGUUGUUUUAUUCAAGAUUUUGUUAGGUAAUUCUUUCGUGCGAUGAAAAAGAAAAUGAGUAAAGAGGUCCAGAAGCGAUGGCGCUCAAUCCGCGACUCUUACACGAAGACGUACAGGCAGGGGAAGUGCGUGCUGCCGGAGCAGUGUCCGCCCGGCAGCAGGAGGUACCAGUACCACCAGCAGAUGUCGUUCUUGCUGAAGGCUUUGCAGAACAAAAAACCAAGAUAUUCCCAAGACAAAUACGAAUCAUUCUCGGAGAUCUCAAACUCCCCACAACACCCGCCGCCUGAGGACAUCCCAAAAAUAAAAAACGAGACUAUGGACAAACCUUUAGACCUCAAAACCAAACCGGAUGACAAGCCCGAGACUCAGGACAAAGGCAACCAAGCGACAUGCAUCGACACACCGAACUCACUAGAAAUCAAGAUAGAUGCCAAUUCCAUACUCCCAGAAGAUCACUUUGAUGACGACAAACUAUUCAUGAACUCCCUCAUCCCUCUAUUCAAGAAAAUGAACGAUGACACCAGAUUAUUAUGCCGCAUUGAGGUGCUAAAAAUCAUUCGGUAUGCCUUACAAGGCCAUAAGUGCUUUGAAGCGUUGAAAGUGGCUGAAGACACGUAUUUCAAGGAUAGGAUGAGCGGGAUCUUGGCGAAGGAGGAGACUGAUGUCACGACCAGCUCGCAGAAGAGCCAGGAGUCGAGGCUGGCCAUGACCACCAGGUCGGCUGAUGGCAGCAGGCCGGUUAGGAAACGAAGGGCUCGAUCGCCAUCGCCUCUACCAGCACCUCCCAAAAAGCGGGGACCAGGUCGUCCCAGGAAGAUCCGGCCGCCGCCAUCAGACUCGGAUGAGGAACAGGUCUCCAAGAAGCGCUGCCCCAAGCUGAAGGUGUGCGAGCCCACUGAUGAGGACUCCUACAGCCACGCCACCAGCGUCGCGCAACUGUCCACGCCGCUGUUCAUGAAGAUAUACAAUUUGGAGAGGUCCAAAAUCGCCCCCGCUCUGCCCUCAACCCCUCAAAUGCAGGUCUCGAUCAAGACAGAGCCCGUGGACCCCGAGCCAGAAAGCAGUUAAGUUAACCCAAUGUAGGAGUAACGCGAUAAUGACGUCAUAA